AUGGUAGGAGGAAGGCAUCCAAUGAAAAUAACCUAUUCUGUGGGUUUUAAAUCCGAUGGAAAGAUUACGGCCUUGUACUUGAAUUUGUUGGUAAAUGCAGGCAUAUCAGAGGAUUAUAGUCCACUUAUUUCACAUGCCAUUAUAACUUGUCUAAAAAAAUACAACUGGAGUGCUCUCGCUUUUGAUAUUAAACUAUGCAAGACGAAUCUUACAAGUAAAUCAUCGAUGCGAGCACCAGGGCAGGUACAGGGAUCUUACAUUGCUGAAGCUAUUAUUGAGCGUGUAGCAUCUUUCCUGUCCUUGAAUGUCGAUGUUGUGAGAAAAGGAAAUUUGCAUACAUAUGAAAGCCUGAAGUUUUUUUAUGGAAGUAGCAGUGGAGAAGCUCCGGAAUAUACUUUACCUGCUAUAGUUGAUGAGUUGUUUACAUCUGCAAGCUACUUCAAUCGUCUUGAAAUGGUAUUGCAUUUCAAUAGUUGCAACAAAUGGAAAAAACGAGGGAUUUCUUGGGUACCAAUUGUAUAUGAAGUGGAACCAAUGCCAACACCAGGGAAAGUAUCCAUUCUAAAUGAUGGUUCAAUUGUUGUUGAAGUCGGAGGAAUUGAAAUAGGCCAGGGACUGUGGACAAAGGUGAAGCAAAUGGCUGCAUUAGGUCUUGAACAGCUAUGGGAUGAAGAGAAAAAAUAUCUUUUGGAUAGGGUUAGAAUCAUUCAAGCAGAUACUCUGAGUUUGGUUCAGGAAGGUUUAACUGCUGGAAGCACCAAAUCUGAAGCAAGCUGCGAAGCAGUUCGUCUAGCAUGCUCUAUUCUAGUCAGCAGAUUAAAGCCUCUUAAGCAAAGUUUGGAAGAGCAAAUGGGAUCAAUUUCAUGGGACACCCUUAUUACCCAGGCAAAUUUGCAAUAUGUGAACUUAUCAGCGAGUACAUUUUGGGUUGCUGACGAUACUUCAUCAUAUCUAAAUUAUGGGGCUGCUAUAAGCGAGGUAGAAAUUGAUGUUCUCACUGGAGCUACUACGAUAUUGAGAGCAGACCUUACAUAUGACUGCGGACAGAGCUUGAGUCCUGCCGUGGAUCUAGGACAGGUUGAAGGGUCUUUUGUUCAAGGAAUUGGAUUUUUUGUCCUAUUGAUUUUGUUCAAUAUAUAA